AUGCCGAGCCCGACGCGAAGCCCCGAGCCGGGGCGCUAUGGCCUCAGCCCGGCCGGCCGCGGGGAGCGCCAGGCGGCCGACGAGUCGCGCAUCCGGCGGCCCAUGAACGCCUUCAUGGUGUGGGCGAAGGACGAGCGCAAGCGGCUGGCGCAGCAGAACCCGGACCUCCACAACGCGGUGCUCAGCAAGAUGCUGGGCAAGGCGUGGAAGGAGCUGAGCACGGCGGAGAAGCGGCCCUUCGUGGAGGAGGCGGAACGGCUGCGGGUGCAGCACCUGCGAGACCACCCCAACUACAAGUACCGGCCGCGCCGCAAGAAGCAGGCGCGCAAGGCCCGGCGGCUGGAGCCCGGCCUCCUGCUCCCGGGCCUGGCGCCCCCGCCGCCGCCACGUGCGGCCGCCCGGGCCCGCCGAGGGCUGCGCAACUUCUCCGCGCCCCCGGACUUAUUCGGGGCGAGGAGGACGCUGGGCUUCCAGCAGGAAAGUGACAUCAGCGCGCCCCUCCGAGCUAGGACUCCUGCCAUGUGUGAGGCCACGGGGCCUCGGUCGCGGAGGGGGACCGAGCGCGGUGGCCGCGCCGGACACCGAUCACACUAA